AUUGAUCAUGAUCAAAUCGUAUGUUUUUCAUCGACUAAUCAUCUGCAUAAAUGAUUAAAUAGGAUGAUUUAGCAAUCUACAUUUAUGCUACCGAAGUUGGUCGUAUUGAUUUGAAUUGGGUUCACUAUUCGUCAUCGUCAUCUGAGCCUUUUCUAAAAUGCUCACACUUUGUUGUGAUGUCGGUUCUGGAAGUGUCCGUGUAGCCAUUUUUGAAUUCAAUAAUUAUCAUUUGAACUCAAAACCGUUGGCUGUUUCUACACACCCGUUGAUUAUAUACAAUCGAAAGAAGAAUUUUUAUGAACAAAAAUCAAGCGAAAUAUGGCAAGCAUUUUGCAUGGCAGCAAGAGAUUGUUGCAAGCAAAUAAAAUUAAAUCAAAUUCCAUUAGUGAUUGAUUCGAUCGGCUUUACUGCAACAUGCUCGCUUGUCAUUAUCACUGAUGAUCAUGAUAAUCGUGGAGAAUCAUCAAAUGACUAUGAUGUAAUCAUGUGGAUGGAUCAUCGUGCUCUUAAAGAAGCUGAGCUUAUCAAUCAAACUGGUCAUCAAAUUCUUGAACAAUUCGGUGGAACUUGUUCACCCGAAUUUUCAUUAUCGAAACUUAUUUGGAUUUAUAAUAAUGAAUCGGAACGUUUUCGACGCACAAAAGCUUUAAUGGAAUUACCCGAUUGGCUUAGUUAUCGUUGCUCGAAUCAAUGGUCAAAAAAUCUACCAGAACUAUUUCCUCGUUCACUAUGUUCGGUAGUCUGUAAAUGGGGUUUUGAUGCUGAAAAUAAUAAAUGGCGUUCAGAUUUUUUCGAAAAAUUAGGCAUAAAGUUUGAUGAAUCGAUACGGAUGAAAAUCGGCAACAAAAUAAUUCAACCUGGAAUGAUAAUUGGUUAUUUAAGUGCUGAAAUUGCACAACAAAUCGGAAUAUCAAUGAACGAUGGUGAUCAGCCUAUAAAAAUUACUUGUCCAUUAAUUGACGCUCAUGCUGGUGCACUUUCAAUGCUAACGUUUUCAAAUUCUUCCAUUUCAAAAUCAAAUUUGGGUGAAACAACAUUUGAAAAUGUACUCUGUAUGAUUGCCGGCACCUCAACUUGCCAUAUGAUUUUGAAUCAAAAUCGAACCAUGACCAAAGGUAUAUGGGGACCUUAUCGUAACGCAAUCAUUCCGGGAUAUUAUCUACGUGAAGCUGGACAAAGUGCUUCAGGAGUUUUAGUCGAACAUAUCAUUCGACAGCAUAAAUCUUCAGAUGAAAAAGAUUUCAAAGAAAUUAUUAAAAAGUUGAACAAUGAUUUACGGGCCAAGAAUUUUAUUUAUCAAACUUCAUUGGUCAUGAAUCCAUCAUACCAUGGUAAUCGUUCACCAAUAGCCGAUUCACGUCUAAAAGGUGCCAUCUAUGGUAUGACAUUGGAAGACGAAUCAUUGCUUGAAAUUUAUUGCGCCACUAUUGAAGCAAUUGCUUAUGAAACAAAAUUCAUCGUCGAAGAAAUCGAACGAAAUGAACGAUUGAUUAGUCAGGUGAUUGUAAGCGGUGGUCUGACUAAAAAUGAAUUUUAUCUUCAAAAACAUGCUGAUAUUUUGGAACGAAAAAUUUUUGUUUACGAUUUAGAUGGCGCGGAUCAUAUGCUAACUGGGACGGCAAUUAUGGCUUUCGUAGCAGCUAUAAAUCACUCGAAUUCAUUGGAGGAAUUAAUCUCUUUGCUGAAUCAAGUUCGAACCGAUAUCGUCGAUAAAAAGAAAAUUCGAAUCUUCGAACCACGAUCAGAAAUACUUGAUUAUCAUCGAAAGAGAUACAAAUGUUAUCGUAGACUAUUGGAAUGUUCAAUUGAAAUAGAAACAAUUAUGUCAUCUUAAUGAGAAUUUGUUCAUUUUUUCUUCAAAUGCAUAAAUUUUUCCAGUUUA